UUCUCCAACUCAGCCCGUUCUUUCCUCUUCAACCAACUCAGCCCGCACCUUCCUCUCCAUCCAACUCCGCCCAUUCUUUCCUCCUCAACCAAAACUUUGCAUCUUCCAUGCAGAUUUUGCACGUCUCCGCAAUACAAAUCUCCUGCGAAUGUCACCGCAGACGUAGUUUCUAGCCUUCGAUUUCUACGGCGUUAAAACCACGGCCUUCACUGCGAUACCUGCCAUCUCCACGAGUCCAUGAACGGUUCUUCUUGCCAGCUUAUCCAUCACUGAACGCAAACACUACCGACCAUGAGCGCAACAAGCCUGGAAAAGCAAGGGAACGACGACAAACCUGAGCCGGAAAGCGUGCAACUCGACGAGCAAGGCGAUGUGGUGCUCAUUGUGGGUAGCCCGGCAACCCACAAGAUUACAGUGUCAUCCGUCAUGCUGGCGCUCGCUUCUCCAGUCUUCAAAGCAAUGUUAGGCAGCAGCAAGUUCAGAGAGGGUCAGGGGGCGAGGAGUGCACUUGAGCCUAUGGAAGUCUUCUUGCUGGAGGACGAUGCGGAGGCGAUGCUCAACAUAUGCCGCCUGCUCUAUCACCAAGGCCAGAUAUCGCGUGGCAUGAAGCUUUAUCACCUGCUGCAGACCAUGGAUAAGUAUCAAUGCCUCGAGACAUUCGCGAUACCGGUGGACGCAAUGGUACGCCGCGAACUCGAAGAACCUAUUGGCGACUGGGAGGAGACAAUCUUCUUCGCAGCUAUCGCAUAUCUUGCAAACGAUGCAGAAAAAUUCAAAAAGAUGACGAGCAUGCUCAUCACGGACUACAGUCGCGACUUUUCUGACGUCCACACUUCCCUCGGCGGCGAGACGCUGCCUCUCAAUGCUCUCCUCACUAUGUCCGAAAUCCGUCAAAGCACUCAAUGGAGUAUUUUGGUCGUGUUCCCGACGGCAUGCGAGAAAGAUCAUUCAACCCCGGAGUGCAUCAUUGGGUUUCAGAGGUGGCGAAGGUGGCUUGCAGACUGCCAAACGGUCAAAGACUUUCUUGACAUUGUCGGGUCCAAGACACAGAAGAAGGGGGUGGAGACAUUCAGGCAGGACGUUGAGAUAGACUGCUCAGGGCUAUGCCUCAAGUGUGUAAAAGAAGGUCUUAUGCACCACGAGUGUGAAACACCGGGGAAAGACGGGCACAGGUAGUCAGGCUCUCAGCUGCGUUACCGAGGGGGUUUCUCGAGUCAAUAGAACAUGGAGAAAUGUUCAGGUGAAGCAAAGUGGGUGAACUUUCCAUAGUUCCUUCACG